AGUGAGAUUUUGUAGGGUAGGGACUUAGAUGAAAGUGUUCGCUUCUGUGGCGUGAUGCGUUUUGCGAGUCUGUUUUCUAAUAUUUUCUAGAAAAAUAUUAGAUGUUUUGCACAUGUUUACUUCAAAAUUUUAAAAUAACUUUUAUCUCGCAUUUGAAUGCCAGAGGAAAAGAGAAAAUGAAAGUGCACGCUGAAUGACCGAAUUAAUCAAAAUAAGACCCACGGUGAAUGUGUGAUUGAAAAAUAUAGGAAAAUAAAAUCGUAUGUGCAUGUGCAUGGGAACGAAGAAAAAGUCUACCUGCAAUAUCAAGUUUACGUAAAAUAAAAGGAACAUAGGUUUCCUUGUCGCAGUAGCUGAGUUCUCAGCUUUUGUGUAAUUUUGCACGGGUUUGCCGACAUCAGUGAAAAAGAAAUCAAAAUGGCGCGUCUCCGCUGCUGGUGUUCUAUCGGUUUGACAAUGAUGCUGAUGAAUCUUCUCGGAUAUAUCGGCGCUCACUCCGUUCGACACGGAUUCCCUCCGGAUAUUCUGCACGUUAAUUAUGACGAUGAUACACUAGUGAGACAACCUUUCACAAUAAACAGCGUCAAUGAGUGGGAUGCUGUGGAGUCUGAAGUGGCGACUCGAUUCAAGCGCAGCCCCGUAGGAACCAGUUCUGGUUCGUCCACUACCGGCAGUGACAGUUCAACGUCUUCAGUGACGAGCAGCAGUAGUUUAUUGAAGGAAAGCAAAAACUCCCUUCCUCAAGUGAUUGAAGCCAAAGUGAAUGAACUAAAAGACUCACAUGCUCAGCUGAUUGUGCAUUGGCUCGGCGAGGGCACAAGUGUGAUGAUUUGCCUGGCGCGCGAGCCACCGGCCGAUAACGAUGCAAAAGCACCGCCUCCACAGCCAUCCAGAAUAUUUGUGUCGAAGGACUACGGUGACACGUUCGAUGAUCAGACGGAAAUGUUUGCACUGAACAUUAACGGAUCGAUUGUCAACUCAACAGUGGAACAAUUUUUCACUCAUCCCAAGUUCAAUACGAUAGUUUUUACCGAUCCAAGGAACAAGGCAAUAUUCACUUCAGAGGACUAUGGGAAAUCGGUUACGGUACGAAUGUUGAACUUCACACCAUCUGAUGUGACGUUCUACGAGGCAGAUACCAAAAUGAUCCUCAUUCUGGAUAAAAAAGAUCCAGAGCGCAAGUUGUACUACACAACAGAUUUUGGAGCAUCUUUCUCACUUCUUCAAAGUUAUGUAAAAUCCUACAUAUGGUCAUCCGGAGAAGGAGUUCCAAUCCAUCUGUAUGUUGAACGAAAGGAACCAACAAACACAUCCUCGGUUAUUUUCUACAACGCAUCCAAUUUGCGUAAUAACUCUAACGUGUUCAACGUGCUGAUUGAGAAAGUGGAAGAUUUUCAUAUUAAGAAAGAUUUCAUGUUCGCUUCGCAGCGACUUCCCAACAAUACCCAGCUACUGAUUAGUUACAAGCGCGGAAAGUUCGUUAAAGCGGACUUCCAAACCGAACUGGACAUGAAAGGUUACCACGUAGCGGAUGUUGAUGGUCGUCGAAUAAUGAUUUCCGUAGUGCACACGGAACGGAUUUCGCAUCUGUACGUGUCGGAAUCGAAUGCAGACAUGACGGAUAUAAAGUUUGUACCCAGUCUGGAGAAUGUCUUUACCUACAUUCCCGAUCUGAAUUGGCGAUCUAGCUGGUUGGUUCAUUCGUCGGAUGGAGCUUUUACUGACCUCCACAAGGUGGAAGGGUUGAGAGGAAUUUACAUUGCAUCAAAAAUAAACCGAAUACCCUUGGGUGAGACAAUUUCACCGGAUUCGUUGGUAUCACUUAUCACUUUUGAUCAUGGUGCUUCGUGGCGAUCUAUUACGGCCCCCACAACUGACGAUGAUGGUCAGCCCAUUCAGAACUGUGUCAAAGAUUGCAGCCUGCAUCUAUCACAAAAAUUCAGCUCGCUGUACCCGGUAACACGGUCGGUGGGUAUAAUGAGUUCGAAAGCAGCUCCCGGUGUCAUCAUGGCAUCUGGUGUAGUAGGAAAAUCACUUAAAGGCCAUCCGGGCGUCUACAUUUCGCGAGAUGCUGGUUUGACAUGGAAGCAAAUUUUAAAGGACUAUCAUUUCUUCAAUAUGGGCGAUCAUGGUGGAAUUUUGGUUGCAGUGAAAUACUUCAAAUCCAAGGGUGAAACGAAUAAUAUUUUGUACUCUACGGACGAAGGCGAAAAGUGGAUGUCCACACCUUUCCACGGAACCAAUUUGAAGGUGUAUGGACUGAUGACCGAGCCCGAUACCAAUACGACUAUUUUCACACUGUUUGGAUCGGAACAGGAAGAACACAAGUGGUUGAUUAUCAAGCUAGAUCUGAAGAAAGCCUUCACAUCUAACUGCACGGAGGAUGAUUACAAAUUUUGGGCACCUGGAACUACUUCCGGUGAUUCUUUUGUACCAUGCAUCUUGGGAUUACAGGACACUUAUCAACGAAGAAAACCACAUGCAAACUGUUACAAUGGAAUAGAUUACGAACGACCUAUCAGGCAACAGGUUUGUUCGUGCAACGGUUGGGACUUUGAGUGCGAUUUUGGUUUCAGUCGCAGUGGGAACAAAAACAGUCCGUGUGUACGGAACAAAACAAUAGAAAAUUACGAUCCAUAUGCCGCCCCGAGUAGCUGUAAACCUGGCCAGUUCUUCAACCGAACUAAAGGUUACCGUAAAAUCGAAGGAGAUGUUUGUGUAGACGGAUAUUCUUCUCAAUAUUCACCCCAGCUUAUUCCGUGUCCAAUGGAAGAGGUAAACGAAUUUUUGGUUAUUGCCCAGAGAGACAAAAUAUCUCGUAUCAAUUUGGGUAAUCUAACGCGAGAGGUUCUUCCUGUGUCGGGGCUGAAGAAUGUAAUUGCGAUUGAGUUCGAUAAGAAGCACAAUUGCGUGUUUUGGGCAGAUAUCAUGACUGAUGUUAUUGGACGGCAAUGCUUGAAUGGAGAUCAAGCACCAGAACUGCUGGUAGAUAGUAGUCUAUCUUCCGUUGAAGGAAUGUCCUAUGACUGGGUGUCAGAGAUGUUGUACUUUGUAGAUGGAAUGCGAUUGAAAAUUGAAGCUGUGAAAACGAGUGUUGGCCCAUUGGGACGUAUGAGGAGAACUAUCAUUGAUGCACCUAAUCUGAACAAACCUCGUGGCAUUGUUGUGCAUCCGCUGCAAGGUUUUCUAUUUUGGACUGAUUGGAAUGCCCUACGACCAUCUGUAUCACGAGCCAACUUGGACGGUAGUGAUGUGAAGGUGCUAUUUACAAAGCCUGAUGUUGUAUGGCCGAACGGAGUUACCAUAGAUUAUAUGGCUGAACGUUUGUAUUGGGUUGAUGCGAGCAAGGAUUACAUUGCCAGUAGUGAUCUGAACGGAAAGAAUUUUAUUAAUAUCCUCCAACAAGACUCCCGUGUGGCUCAUCCAUUUGCAGUGGCCGUCUUAAAAGAUCUUAUGUACUGGGACGACUGGAAAAUGAAUUCGGUAUACUCUGCUGAUAAAGACCAUGGUAUCAUGAUCAACAUUAUUGCUGAGGAGAUGAUGAAUUCAAUGGACCUCAAGGUAUAUGGACAUUCUAUUCAGGAAGGUACGAACGCCUGUUCGGAGGGAAACAAGUGCUCCCAUAUUUGUGUUGGAGCUCCUAAAGGUUACAGCUGUCUUUGUCCGGAUGGAAUGGAGAAGAAUGCGCAAGGUCAAUGUCUUUGCCCGGGUGGAGUGACACCGUUUGCAAACAACACGUGCGCCCGUUCUGGAAGCACAUGUGGAUCUAAAUUCUUUGAUUGUAAAAAUAGUGUUUGUGUUCCUCUGAUUUACAAGUGCGACGGCGAUGAUGAUUGCGGAGACAGAUCGGAUGAAGAGGGAUGCCCAUCAGAUAAGCCUCCGUGUCCACCGUACAUGUUCACGUGCAAAUCGGACAAACAGUGCGUGCCGAAAUACUUUGUAUGUGACUUUGAUCGGGAUUGUUUGGACGGAUCUGACGAACAGAAUUGUCAGCCUGCAUCUUGUAAGUCCGAUGAGUAUACCUGUGGAAAUGGCCGAUGUAUAAACAAGAGUUGGCUUUGCGAUGGCGAAGAUGACUGCCGUGAUGGAACGGAUGAAAGAACAUGUCACAAAAAUAGUACCACGGUUGUAGAAUGCAAACAAGACGAGUUUCGUUGCAACGGGACGAAUACGUGUAUUCCGAAACAAUGGCGUUGUGACACCGAACAUGACUGCAACGAUGGAUCGGAUGAGUUCAACUGUACCAAAAAGGAAUGUGAGGUGUGGAUGUUCAUGUGUGAAAGUGACAUGCGGUGCAUUUACAAAACGUGGCAGUGUGACGGAGAAAAGGAUUGCAAGGAUGGUAGUGAUGAGAAAAAUUGCAGUGCAUCAACGGAAGUGCCAAGGAAACCAGGCAUCAAUUUCCUUCCAGGGGAUUCUUGCCAUGAUUGGAUGUUCAAAUGUGCCAAUGAUAAAUGUGUGCCAUAUUGGUGGAAAUGCGAUGACGUCAAUGACUGUGGAGAUGGGUCCGAUGAGGCAGGUUGCAACUCCACCCAAACAAUAUCCAGUACAACACAUAAACCAAUUCCUACCAGAAAGAAGGAGAGAAACUGUGGUCUACAUGAGUUCCGUUGCGAUACCGGCGUUUGCAUUUCCAAGCGUUUCGUGUGUGACGGAUAUGAGGAUUGUACUAAAGGUGAAGACGAAGGUAAUUGUCCAUCACAGAAGCAAUGCAGCGUCAAACACUUCAAGUGUCGCAGUGAUGGAAUGUGUUUACCGAUGGAGAAGUACUGUAACAAUGUUGUUGAUUGUGCUGACGGCAGUGAUGAGGAUUGCAAGUUCAAACCGAACUCAUCAUCAACAAUCAGCAACAACUGCACCAACAAUCCAGGCGUAUUUGCGUGCGACAAUACGUGCUUCGCUCUGAUGGUACAAUGUGAUGGAAAAUCCGAUUGUUACGAUGGAACCGAUGAGGAACAUUGCGAAAAAAUGAAAACCAAACACUAUCAGGUUACACAAAUAGGUGUUGACGAGCGUUCGCUAAAUUCGACCAGUUUCCUUAUUUUUUGGUGGAUUCCUUUGCCCCAAGAUGUCAGAUUCGAAUUUCUUCCCUCGAUUUAUUAUAACGGAGAAUGGAAGAACGUCAGCAACUGGAUUGAUCAAACGGACUAUCGAUUUACGAAUCUGAAGCCGUAUACUCUGUACAACGUAACCACAUAUGUAAGGGUGAAAAAUCAAACAAAGAUAACUCCGCCAUACAUUUACUAUGAGAUUGCAACAAGCGAAGGAAUUCCAAGUGUACCACUCAAUGUUUCAGUUGUUCAGAUUAACGGUUCUCGUAUUCAAGUCAGUUGGCAAGUCCCGAAAGAAGUGAAUGGUCAACUGCAAGGCUAUACCAUAAAUUAUAGAUCCCAAUCGAAGAACGUUGGACCGGCCCAGAAUGUGAAAGUAGGUGCUUCGGAAACUAGUGUCAUAAUCGAAACCGAAUUCAAACCAGACAUAGUGUACGAAUUUUGGGUGAAAGCUCGAAACGGAAAACACGAGUCGAUUUCUUCCAACAUGGUGCAGCUUAAAUUCGAUGGCACUUCAAAUAUUGAGAAAAUUAGUAAAAUUGACGUGGUGAAUAUAACUAAGAAGUCGGUCACACUCGAAUGGAAACCGGUCAGCAACGCGGAUGGCUAUAUGAUUCAACCGAUUCUACCUCAGUCGUAUCCACUGCUGAACACUAUUUGGGUAAAGAAUUCAACGGUGACGUUGGAUAAUAUGGUACCCGGUACGCAGUAUGUUAUCAAAGUCGCUGCCUAUGUGAAGCAAUAUGUUGGUCGUCACGAAACUACCAUUGUUUCAUUUGGAGGAGAUCCACUUCCAGCUGUCAAUCUUCGCCUGAAGGAACAAGCGCAUGAUUAUUCGUUGAUUGAAUGGGAUGCACCGGAGGGUAGUUUCGGAAAGCUCACUUACGGAAUUUACUAUGGUACCAACAUGGAUCAAUUGUUUGAUGCCUCCAAAAUAAACACUACUGCUACUAGUUACAAAUUGAUGAAACUACGACCAUGCGAGUCGUACCUCGUCAGUGUUGGAAUUGUAGGUCCAAUCGGACCGGGACCACUUGGUCGCAAUCCAUUGAAACUCGAUACACCUUACAACAACACAUUGCCACCAAAGGAACUAACCGUUGAUAUUAGUGAAACUAGUCAGAUUUACUCAGAAAUGAUUAUCCAGUGGAAGCAUAGCUGUUCGCUGGAGUCGUCUUCCUAUCCUAAUUAUAUUAUCUCCGUUCGAGAAUUGACGAAGAAUAAAACUUCUCUGGUGAACGUUAAAUCGUCGACCAACAAAACACUCGUUCACGUGUUUCGUAGUAUACCCCGUGGUGCAGCUUACGAAAUAGCUGUAUCGACCGACAUUCCAAACGCACAGGUGGUAACUACGGUAGCAUACUCGGCACCAUUACCAGCCCCGGUACGGUUGCAGGUGUGGCCGGAAGCCAAUGGCACUUACGUGGUGUACUGGAAGCCAGUUAUUGAUUUCAAAGAAAUCAAAUUCAUCUACCAAGCGGUGGUAUAUGAAGGUAGAGGUGUCAAUACCACAAUACCCCCUCUGCUUAUAAUUGAAGCCAAAGAGCCCCCAAUACUGAUCAAUCCAGAUCGGUUGUCCAGUUUGACAAUCGAUAGCUUGUUCACCAUUGGAGUGAGGCUGAAAACAGCUGACGGCUUCUUCUCCGACAUUGUCGAAACAGAGUCGUUUUCGAAGCACAACUUCGAAGGCUUAGUGCAGGAGUCUUCCUUUUCGUAUGCAUGGCUGUGGAUUAUACCGACCAUAAUUGCCAUGGUACUCGCACUGACUGUAGUGUACGUAGUGCAGAGGCAUCGACGACUGCAGAAUUCAUUCAGUCGUUUCGCCAACUCACAUUACGACACACGAACGGGUGCCACCCGUAUUGGCGACAGUCUCGACGAUGAUGAGCAUGAGCAUCAGGAGGUGCCGCGGAGUUUCUCCGAUGACGAACCACUGGUCAUUGCGUAAAGUAGCAAACGGUCGGUUCUGUUUCGUGUAGAGAAAAACAAAAUUCAAUAAGAGGAUAAAGAAUAAACGCUUGUGCAACUAUUCUGCUCAUUUAGUUGAAAUGGUCAGAGAAUAUCUGAAUCAACAAGAUAAACUGAAAAAUAGGGAUAAAUAUAACACGUGAACCGGACUCAGUUUGGGAUCGGUUUCGUUUUGUCUGUGAAAAUCGAUUAUAACUUUUUAUAUAGUAUAUAGUAGUAAUGCAUGUGUAAAGUCCUACAAACAAAAGACUAGUAAUUUUGUAUUUAUGUUGAUUUUAUUUUGAUAGGUUUAUUUAAUUGCGUUUUACUGUAAAUUCAUAAGCUGUUUUCUUUGUAUAGAAGAUUUCUUGUAACAUAUAUCUAUUACUAGUGUAUAGUCGUGGAUGCAACUAAGACUUUUACAGCAUGAGAGAUAGAAAAAUGAAUGAAAGAGACAAUGGGGAUGAAAUAGAAGAAAACCCAGCAAUACAAACAAGAGCUCCAACAACAUCAACAUUAUACCGGUGGAAGAAAUCAAAUGACUACUACAUAGAAGAACACAACGUAGCUUUGUUAAAUAUCAGAAUCACAAUAAUCUUCUGCUUGCAGGUGAAAAUGCACAUCCAUGUUCAAUUGGAAACAGUCGUGUAGAAAAAGCAAUUUGUUGUAGGUUAUUUUGAAAUAAACAUUGACGAACUUCGCUGGCAUAGAAAUUAUUGUUUGGUUGAGCAUUUUGUUCCACAUUGAUGUAUCAUGUUAGAAUAAACUUGUGGAUUCAGAAAAUCCUUUUCAGUUUUGUUUACAAAAACUGUGAGCAGUUAGAAAUAUUUUUAUACUGGUUGGAACUUUCUGAUGGAUCUUCGAGGGUUUAAAAAAUGUGCUAAAUAAAUAUUAAUGGCAGACAAAGAUUAAUGAUAGUAGAUAACAAUAAAAUGAAUUACUCUUGUUAUGACAUAUUAUUAUUCAGUAAACCGAAAAAAGAGUUCAGGUGACAUGACUUUGGAAUGUGUUUUGCUCGUGUUUUGUGUAGUCUGUAGUGUGAAGGCGAAAUAGGAACUAUUUUUAAGAAUGAGAAGCCAAUGGGUUAACUAACUGAUAACUUCCGCUCAUUUCAUCAGGUUUUGUUUUUUUCAGCAUUAUUGAAUCGUUCCAAAAAGUGAAUUUAAAUGAUAAGUAGUGAAAGAGUAACUAUCCACACGAUCUAACUUAUAAGUAAUAAUUGUAAUGGUAAAAAGAAUUGAGAUGAAGAGUGAUCUGGAAAUGUACCCAUAAUAGAGAAA